UCCCCGUCUCCUCUCUCUCUCUCUCGCUCGCUCGUACUAAGCACAGAACUCUGUACGCGCACAACGCUUCUGGUUUGGUGAUGAUUAUUGAUGCGAUACAGCAGUUGUUGAUCUCUGCACAUACUGAUCAGAUCUGGGGUGAAUCAUAUCCGAGUUUUUUAUUGGGGUUCGUUUGAUUGGAGAAGAUGUUGACGAAGUUUGAGACGAAGAGUAAUAGAGUAAAGGGGCUUAGCUUCCAUAGCAAGAGGCCUUGGAUCCUUGCGAGUCUUCACAGCGGUGUGAUCCAGUUAUGGGACUAUCGGAUGGGAACUCUGAUUGAUAGUUUCGACGAGCACGAUGGGCCUCUUCGUGGCAUUCAUUUUCACAAAUCUCAGCCACUAUUUGUGUCUGGAGCUAAAUUGCAUGGGCUACAAGAUGCAGCUGAAAGAUUAGCUGCUGAGUUGGGAGAUGAUAUUCCAUCUCUGGCAGAUAAAGUGUCAUCCCUUUUGAUGCCCCCAACUCCCAUAAUUUGUGGGGGUGAUUGGCCUAUUCUGAGAGUCAUGAAAGGUAUCUUUGAGGGUGGGCUGGAUAGUAUUGGUAAAGGUGCUGCUGAAGAGGAGGAAGAGGCUACCAAUGGUGGUGAUUGGGGUGAGGACUUGGAUAUGGUGGAUGAUGAUGGCCUGGAAAAUGGGGAUGUUUCAGCAAUAUUGGAGGAUGGGGAAGGAGCUGAAGACAGCGGAGAAGAUGAAGGAUGGGAUGUUGGAGUUAUUGAUCUUCCUCUUGAGGCAGACACACCCAGGGCUUCCAUCAAUGCUCAUUCAUCAGUCUUCGCGCCACUAACUCUGGGCUUGCCUGUAAGCCAUAGUUGGAUCCAGAGAUCAUCACUUGCUGCUGAGCAUGCAGCUGCUGAAAACUUUGAUACUGCAAUGAGGUUGCUUAGUAGGCAACUUGGGAUUAGAAACUUCAGCCCAUUGAAAUCUAUGUUUCUUGAUCUUCACACUGGCAGCCAGACCUAUCUACGGGCCUUUACAUCAGCUCCUGUGAUAUCAUUAGCAGUUGAAAGGGGAUGGAAUGAUUUAGCUAGUCCUAAUGUGAGGACCCUGCCUGCCCUUGUGUCCCGUUUCUCUCAGUUGGAAGAGAAACUGAAGUUAGGUUAUAAGGCCACUACCGCUGGAAAAUUAACUGAGGGUCUACGGUUUUUCAUUAGCAUUCUUCAUACAAUUCCACUAAUUGUUGUCGAGUCGAGGAGGGAAGUGGAUGAAGUCAAGGAGUUGAUUAUUAUAGUCAAAGAAUAUGUUCUGGGUUUAAAAAUGGAGCUUAAGAGAAGGGAAUUAAAGGAUGAUCUUGUACGUCAGCAGGAACUUGCUGCCUAUUUUACCCAUUGCAACCUGCAGAUGCAUCACUUGCGUCUUGCAUUGCUAAUUGCCAUGAGUAGUUGCGCUAAGGCAAAGAACUUCGCUACAGCUGCAAACUUUGCUCCACGGCUUAUAGAGACAAAUCCUACAAUUGAAAGCCAAGCAAAGACAGCCAGGCAAGUGCUGCAGGCUGCGGAGAAGAAUAUGACAGAUGCAUCCCAAAUCAAUUAUGACUUCAGAAACCCCUUUGUGACUUGUGGGGCCCUUACUGUGCUUCGCGGUUUGUGCCAUACCAGGAAGGGCAGCUGUGCUCUGUUUGUGAGCUUGUAGUGAUUGGAGCUGAUGCUUCAGGUUUGCUAUGUUCUUCUCAGAUAAGAUGAUCAAGUGUCGAACCCGUAUGUCUUUUCGACUAGUUUCUAGAUCGACCUCUUGUUUUCAAAAGCAAUCAAUGGAUUGAUAUAUAUAUCUAUAGGUUAAAUGUAAGAAAAAUCAAAGGAGUUUUUAUUGAA